CCGUGUCAUUUUCCAAGACGCAAGAAUUAUCUUCUGACAGCGAGACAGUUUGGAGCUCGGAUCUAUUAGAUCCAAGCUCCAAACUGAGUGCUGUCAGGAGGUGAUUCUUUAUUUUCUUAAUUUUCGCGAGUUGGUCCGGACUAGAAUCGUGGCAAUUAUGCUGCUCCUUACACUGUUAUCCAGUGCCCUGCUAAUGGUGGUGGUGGUGACGAGCGCUCAGCCCGUCAAACAGCCAAACAUUCUGUUGAUCUUUCCCGAUCAGUGGCGCUUCGACUGGGCCGGCAGCGUUUGGAAUCUGGACGCGCUGCGCACGCCCAACUUCGAUGCAGUUGUCGCGAACGGCACCGUGUUCACUCGCGCCUACGUGGCCAGUCCGCUGUGCGCCCCGUCGCGAUCGUGCCUAGCGGGCGGUCGCGAAUACGACCAAGCUGGAGUUCCGAGCAAUUUCGGCAACGAUUAUCCGGUCCAACAGACGACAUUCUACAAACUAUUGCGAGACAAGGCCGGUUACCAUGUCAUGACGUGCGGCAAAGACGACCUGACCAAGAAAUCACAGCCAGGACUGAACGGCAGCUAUCACGCCGAGGAACUUGGCUUCUCCGACUACCUUCGCAGUUCGGGAAAAAUGGAUGUCGUCAAUAGCAAGGAGCCGCACGAGCCGUUUGGCGCUUUCCUGCAGGAGAACAACCUGUGGGAUGUGCACAAGGCGGAAUGGCAUGGUCCGGACGGAGACUGUCAGUGGAAGUCCUACGUUUGCAACAAGAGCUCGCCACUGCCCGACUUUGCAUAUGAAGACAACUGGAUAGCGAGGAAUGCUAUGACACUGUUGAGUCGGAAACCAGCCAAUAAGCCAUGGUACCUGCAGGUGAAUAUCGCGGGACCACAUCCGCCGUUCUCGAUCACACAGAACAUGAGCAAGACGGUGAGAGGCAGGGAAUUCCCCACCGCAGUCGAUCACACUACGCUGACGCACGAACAGCAGCAAAUCCUGAGACAAGACUAUGCGGCGGAGAUUGAAAACAUUGACGGCUGGAUCGGCGAGCUGCUGGCACUGGUGGAGAAGAGCGGGGACAUGGACAACACCCUCGUCUGCAUCGCCUCCGAUCACGGAGAAAUGCUGGGCGACCACGACGACUGGGGAAAGUCCCAGCCGUGGCAGGGAUCCGCCAGCGUGCCGUUUACAUGCAUGGGCAAGAAAGUGGGCGUGAAGGUCGGUCAGCGCAUCACACGCCCCGUGUCCACCAUGGACAUGGCCGCUACAUUCCUGGACUAUGCCGGCACUGAACCCGACACGGGCAUGACCACCACCACACUCAGACCCAUCCUGGAGGGAAAGGCAAUGUCCAAUCGGGAGUUUGUCUCCUCCGGCCUUGGCAAGUGGAGGGCCGUGGUGCAAUAUGUCAACAAUUCCGAGAUUUACAAGCUGAUCUGUUGCAAUGGCACCUGCGCUGGCCAGCCCAGGAACGCCACGCACUCGCCUAGCCCCAACGAGCGUGUCCGUCGCAUGUUCACUUUCUCGUCGUCGCGCCUCGGCGACUGCAGUGCCUACCCGCCAAACAUGGUGCCGCAGGAUUGCCGCGUGUCGCUGCGCGACGAGGAGGAGAUGCUUGUCGGUGCUAAGCCGGGCAAGAAUCACACCACCGUACUGCUGUACAAUCUGUUUGAUGAUCCCAGCGAGCUGAACAACCUGGCACAGGAUAAUACCUACAAGGGUGUAGUCAAUCGCAUGCUGCCGCUCAUGCCACCCCACACAUGUCUGGUCAGCAAGAUUUGAAGAGCUCCCCUGCCUCUCGCGAUCAUCCUCUGUGACCCUCUAUCCGUCUGUCUCUUUUGCUUUUUCUCUUUGGGUAUCUCUCUUCCUGCCUCUCUUGGUCGGCUUCUAUUCCCUCUUCUUAUUUGCAUUUCUACACAUUUACACGCAACAGUAUGAGGGCUGGCCCCUCAGAAAAGAAGUAUGUUUUCACCAUUCCCCCAAA